AUGCGCUCCUCCCGUUUGCUUUUGCUCCAGCUUUGGGCGGAAUUGAACAUCGCUGCAGAUAUUGUGUUUUCCUCAGCUGCAGUCGUUCAUGGUGCAACAGCACAAAUGCCCCUUGGACUUGAUGAUACCAUCGAUAUUGUGUCUGACAGUCAGUUCUCCGGACUAAUGACCUUUGCGAAUGUACCGUAUGUCAAUUGCUUCGUGGAUAGCGAGGCAACGAAACAGCCAUAUGACAUUGCGUUUAUGGGAGCACCUUUUGAUACGGGCGUAACUGCUCGCCCUGGUGCACGAUUUGGCCCUGGAGGGAUCCGUCAGGGUUCCCGGCGCAUUAGGCCAGAUGGCGCCUGGAGCAUCUACACCGGAGAAAACGUGUUCGCAAGUUGGGCAAGCAUUGUGGAUUGCGGCGACGUUCCCUUGACUUUCUUGGAUAAUACCGUCGCUUUGAAGCAACUUGGCAAGGCACAUAAGGUUGUUUCGUCUCGACCCGCCAAUUCCUCUGAUGUUUCGACGAUCCCUCGCAUAAUUACGCUUGGUGGCGACCACACGACAACUCUACCAGCGUUGCGAUCAACAUAUAAGCAUUGGGGCCCAGUCUCCGUCAUUCAUUUUGAUAGUCAUAUCGACACAUGGGACCCUUCUGUGCUAGGUGGCGGCAUUUCAAACUAUGCCGGUGUCAAUCACGGCACAUUCCUCCAUAUCGCCCAUGAAGAAGGCCUUGUCCUCAACUCCUCCUCCAUUCACGUCGGAAUUCGGGGGCCCGUAGUGCGUCCCAAAAAUGACAUAAAAAAUGAUAUCCAGUGCGGGUUUGACAUCAUCACAGCCCGCGACAUUGACCGCAUCGGCACAAGUGGCAUCGUGGAGAAGAUUCAAAACCGCGUCGGGAACAAUAAGGCGUAUUUAAGUGUUGAUAUUGAUGUGUUGGAUCCUGCAUUCGCACCUGCAACCGGAACACCGGAACCCGGAGGGUUCAGUACUCGUGAGCUUCUCACCAUCCUCGAUGCGCUUGCAGACACCGAAAUCCAGGUCGUUGGUGCUGAUGUCGUUGAAGUUGCACCUAUAUAUGAUACAGCUGGGGAAUCAACAGCACUAGCAGCGGCAGAAGUGGCGCAUUCACUGUUGGCGCUGAUGGUUAGCGGGCCUUUCAAAUAG